AUUUUGACAGCAGGCCAAUUUCGCAUCGCAUUUCAUAACAGCAGCCUAGAAUUCGUGUAACUUUCGGGUGCGUGUGACCAGCAGUUUUUAAGAAAAGAUCCCGUAUAAAUCUUCCCCCAAACCAUCACGAUGAACUCGCUCCGUCGUCUGGUAACCGGUGCGAGCCGCUUAUCGGUCGUGUCGAGGAGCAACAACAUUCGCACCAUUAGUACCAGUUCCGGCCUGCUGGACAUCUUCAAAAUUCAGAGCCCCCAGGAGUUCGACGAAAAGGUUAAGAACAGCAAGGACCCGAUCAUUGUGGACUUUUUCGCAACAUGGUGCGGACCAUGCAAAAUGUUGACUCCACGCAUUGAAUCCGUUAUCGGGGAACAGGGUGGAAAGGUCAAGCUGGCCAAGGUCGAUAUCGAUGAACACAGCGAUCUGGCCCUGGAUUACGAGGUAGCUUCGGUUCCAGUUCUGCUGGCCAUCCGCAAUGGGAAAGUCGAGCAGCGAUUGAUCGGACUUCAGGACACUGACAAGCUUCGAAAUUGGGUGGAGAACGUUGUCGGUGAGAAGAAGUAAUAGACCGUUUCCAAGUACAUAGUAAGAUUUUUGUGGAAGGUGUGGAAUGUGUUACAUCAUCAAAUGAUAAAUGUCAGGAACUUUCUAGAAUUGCUUGUCCAGUGACCGAGAAAAAUAGCAAAUCCUUUAGAAAAUUAUAUCUAGUGGUGUGCGAUUUGUAACGUUUGAUCAGCACGAAAAAUAUAAACAUGUAAAAGCUGUUGUUCCAAUAAAUGAUAGACUCAAAAUCAAAA